AUGUGGCGACGAGGCUUAGAUCCGCUGAGGAAGCUGACACGUGGCGACCUGAGAUGCGCGGAACAGAUUGCAGGAUGGCGAGGGAACGAUCCGGCUGUAUGUGCGAGUCAUUUGAGACUCGUACAGGCAUGCGUCGCUUCAGCUCUCCCUUCGUCCGUUGCUUCUGCUCUUCCUCCUCUACCAUCGGCAGCAGCAGCAGCAGCUACCACUCUCACUGGGUCGGCAGCAUCGUACGGCUCCAGUACCCACGCUAACGGUCCUACCGAAGCUGCUUUGCUGGCUCGGGCCGAACCAGCAGCAGACCCCUUGCUGACAGCAGCAGUAGCAUCAGCAACCGCGACCCUGGGAUUGUCGGCAGUGCACGCAGCAGAAGCACCAGAGGGGGACAGCAACAGCGCUGGCGUGGGUUCAGGGCGAGAGGGACCUGCGGGUGGGGCAAUGCCGGCAGUGGAAUGGGGCGCUGCGGGAAGGGGAGAGGGAGGUGAGGGACCUGCAGUGGGCAACAAGCACACGGCGCGCUGGCGAGUGUUCACAGACCGAGGAAGGGAGCUCUUCUCGCAGGGUCGUCUAAGGGAUGCAGAGCGGUACCUGCAGAGGGCUAUAGAGGAGGCGAAGGCGGGCUUUGGGCCAUCUGAUCCGCACGUGGCGUCCUCCUGCAAUAACCUGGCAGAGCUGUACCGAGUGAUGGGGGAGUGGGAGGCAGCAGAGCGUCUGUUCCAAGAGGCUGCAGAGCGGUUGAGAGCGGUGGAAAUGCCGUUGCCGCUAGCAGCCACCCUGCAUAACCUGGGAGGGCUGUACCUGCAGCAGGCUCAGCUGGGGCAGGCUCAACUGGAGAAGGCUCGUGGGUGCUAUGAGGUUGUGUGCUGUGCUCCUGAUUCCCAUACUGCGUUCCGAUACUCUCCUCUUUGUUGCAUGUGCGGACGUGGCAUGCGAUGGCACAAUGAGGGUGGCGAUCAUGGGCCAUGGUUGGACAUAUUUAUGAUCAUGGCACAUAUGUAUGACAUAUCCAUAUGUCCAAUCGGCAUAUCCUUCACUGCACUCAUUGCCUCAACAAGCAACGCUGUCUGCGCUCCACAGGAGUCUCUCAAGCUCAAGGCGAAGGAGCUGGGCGAGUCACACCCAGACUACGCCAACACCAUGUUCCACCUCGCAGAGGUCUUUCGUCGGUUGGGGCGACGGGAGGAAGCACAGGCACUGCUGCAAGGCUCUGUGAAAAUUCUCGAGGGCGGCGCGGGCAGUCGAGGAACAACAGCAAUGGCUCGGCGUAUGAUGCUGCUGGCACAGAUGCUUGUGCAGUCAGCAUCAGCACCAGCAACCACCCUCCCCACAUCUGUGGCUACCAACGAUCAUCAGGGGCAGAAGCAGCAAGGGGACAUUGGCAGCAGUAGAGGUGGAGACAUGGAGUUGCUGAGGGAGGCCGAGAGGCUGCAGAGACGAGCCAUCCAUGCGGUGGAGAUGGGUGAGGGCAUGGAGGCACCAGCACUGGCAGGCAUGCUCGCAUCUCUCGCUGCUACUCUUGAGAAGCAAGACCGGCUGGAGGAGGCACGAGAUGCCCUGCUCAGGUCUCUUCAUUUGAGGCGGAAUGCACUUGGCUCGGACCAUUUCCUCGUAGCCAGCACACUCACACCCCUCGCUGCAGUCACACUCAAGAUGCUGAGUCGCCCACAGCAGCAACCUCCCACAGGUGCGCCCAAGGGAGAGCAAGCAGGUGCGCCCAAGGGAGAGCAAGCAGAGGAUGGUGAGACGAAGGAGCAGCUUGAGGAGGCACUCAGCGACCUGCACUGUGCUGUCAGAGUCGCUCGCAAGGCGUGGCAACAAGCAGCAGAGGACCUGACAACUGCUGCAGCAGGAGGCGAUGCGGGAGGCAGGCGGGGAGAUCGGGUGCAGAGGAACAAGAACAAGAGCAGGAACACACCGCCUCCACCCGCGUGCCUCACGCUCCUUGUACAAUCUCUGGCGACUACAGUACAGGCCUCCCUCACUGCCCUGCACUCCACAUCCUUCCACAAUAGGCAGCAACUGUCGCAGCAAGCAGCAUCUGCUCUCAGUGAACUUCUGCACGCGCUCUCCAAUGAGCCAGCACACGCCCUAGUGGGUUCCAAUCACAGCGCGCGAAUUGCCUGCUUGUCUGCCCUCCAGCACCUUUCUGCAUUCCUUCAGGAACAGCUCACAGAAAGCAGUGCUUGUGUGGAUGCUGCGAGUCAUGGUGCUGGGGAGAAGGCAUGUGUGCAAAGUGGUGGAGAAAGGUUGAGAGAGACUGGGAUGGGUUCGAUAGAGAUCAAAGAGGGAGGCAGUAAAAGCAGUAAAGGUGGUGAAGGGGUGUUCGGCCGCGCGCCUGACCCUCCGCCAAGCCAACCGACCCCGCCUCAAGCUCCUCCGGCGCACACCAACCCGCUCUCCGCGCAUUCGUACCCUUCCCCCUCCCCCAACGCGCCCGGCUCCGCGGAAGCCGCCGCCGCCGCUGCUGCCGCGGCGGCUGCUGCGGGUCCGCGGCAAUAUCAAGAAGCGAGAGACGUGGGGAGGGCCGGCAGCGGCGGUGGCAGGGGAGCGGGGAGCUACGGCGGAGGGGGGAGUUACGGGGGGUCGACUCUGGCAAUGGAAGCUGACAUGGCAGAGUUGAGAACGCAGUGUCGCAUCAUCAGGGGCACAGAGCUGGCUUCUCUGGAAGAAAGGUUGGCACAGCUGGUGGGGCAGCAGAGGGCACUCACGGACAAAUGGAGCCCUGGAGCUCUCGUGCAGCAGCUUAAAGAUAAAGCGGAGGAAGUGAAUAGGGAGGCGGAGGAUUUGAGGAGCAGAUUUCUUGCCGGGGAGGAAAGUCGCUUGCGACUGCUGACGAUCGCUUUCGUCGUCUUCCUCCUCGCCUCGCCGGACUUCGCCAGCGCCGAAGUGGAAAUCGCGAAGGACUCCAAGGAGAGAGAUCAAUACGAAGGGUCUCGCGAUGACGGAAAGGCUGCAACGGGGAAAGGAUCGUCUGAGGAGAAUGUAUCGUCGUUAGAAGACAGGAUCCUGGAUGCUGAGCUUACGCAAGGAGACAUUCUCAAACAAGGGCCAUGCGCGGACGAGGCAAGCCGGUUCUGUGCUGACGUGGAGGUGGGCAAUCGAACAAUGGAGCGGUGUCUUACCAUGCAAUACACGCUGCUGCAACUCGCCUCUAGCACUGAUGGCAAGGAGGCAAAGGCAAGUGAGCGCCUGUCAGACCUGUGCAAGAACCGCGUGUUUGAGGCGCAGAGGGACGCGGCAGCAGACAUGGCGUUUGACCCGCAGCUCAACCAGACGUGCGCUGCUGAUGCCCAGCGGCUCUGCAAAGGGGUGCCUGCUGGGGAGGGGCGCGUACAAGACUGCCUGGACAAGCGGUGGUUUUGCCUUGACGUGCCCCCUGGUGACGUGCGGGUGAAGGACUGCCUGGAGGAGCAUCAACUCCUCACUCCCCCUCUUCUCCCCCCUCCCUUCCACCCUCUACUGUCUCCCCUCACCUCGCCAGCGUGUCUGCAGGACAAGCGGCAGUUCUGCCCUGAUGUGCCGCCCGGGGAUGCGCGCGUGAAGGACUGCCUGGAGGAGCACACCGGCUCCUCACUUCCCCCCUCUUCUCCCCCCUCCCUCACCUUUCCCACUGUCUCCAUCCACGCGCGCCAGCGUGUCUGCAGGACAAGAGGCGCUUCUGCCCCGACGUGCCACCAGGGGAUGCGCGCCAAGGUGGAGUUUGACAAGAUGAUGGAACGGCGUGCAUCGGACUUCAGGCUGGACUUCAAUCUUCAGAAGUACUGCCACAAAGACAUUGUGGAGACGUGCUACCAGGAUGCGGCGGACAUGACAGGGGCGGGGGGCAGUUCGGACGCCAAGGUGAUUCAGUGCCUGCAGGACUACAGGGACGAGCUCAAGGACCCGCGCUGCAGGCAGCAGGUGCAUAUGCUGACCAAGAGGGCCGCAGAGGACAUUCGUUUUGACCGCGCUCUGGUUGAAGCAUGCAAAGAUGAUUGGCAAGCGCACUGUGCGUCCGUGCCCAAGGGCCAGGGAAGGGUGUUCAUGUGCCUGCAGGACAACCGCAGCAAGCUCAAGGGGCCGUGCAAAGAGGCGCUCUUCAGAGAGGAGGUGCGGUUUGCAGAGGACAUAGACUUCAAGUUCGCCAUCCGCAAGGCAUGCUCUGACGAGCUGCAGCGCCUCUGCAAAGAGAAGGAGGACGCGAUGGCAUGUCUGCAGGAGCACAUGGGGGAUGCGGACAUGAGCAAGGGGUGCAGCGAGGAGGUGAAGAGCGACCAGCAGCACGCUGCAGAGGACUACCGCCUCAACUUCCGCCUCGCUAGAGAGUGCUUCGCUGAUGUGCAAAAGCUCUGCAUGCACGCCUGCGACGAGUCCGCCCUCCUCCCCUCCUCCUCAGACCCCUCCUCCUCUUCUCCCACCACUCUGCCCGUCACGUGUGGCGGUGCCACGCUGAGGUGUCUCACCGGCGCUGUCAGCAACAUCUCAUCUGCCACGUGUCGCGACGAGGUGUUUCAUUUCCAGAAGCAGGAGGUCGCUGACGUGGCGCUGGACGUGCCUCUGCAGGUGGCAUGCAUGGAGGAUGUGAAGGAGAGGUGUGGGGGCGAGCGGGACCACAGCAAGGCGCUGGCAUGUUUGAGGCAGAACAGGGACGCGCUGUCAGAGGGGUGCAAGGAGGAGGAGCUGCGGUUCAGUGAGAUGGAGGCGUCUGAUAUCCGCCUCACCCCCACGCUCAUGAACGCCUGUGGCUUGGAGCUGCACCAGUUCUGCCGAAAAGUGCCGCCCGCUGCCGGCCAGGCUUUUCGAUGCCUGCAGCUGCAUGUGCAGGAGCCGGGCAUGAGCGUGGCCUUGAAGCAGCAGUGUGGGGAGGACGUGGAGCGGCUGUGCAAGGUGGUGGACGAGGGCAGGGAGGGCCAUGCGCUCGUGCUCAAGUGCCUUGUGGACUAUCAGUCGGACCUCUCUGCCAGCUGCCACACAGAGGUGGCCUAUGCAGUGCGCAUGGCCCUGUGGAUGUACCACCGUGGAUCGGACCUAACCAAGGGCUGCGAUGCAGUCAUCGAUUCCCGCUGCGCCAACUACACCAGCAGCAGCCACAAAGCGAGUGUGUCAGGAGCAGUGGUGGGGAAGUAUGCACAGUGCUUGAUGGAUCAGCCCAAGGAGGCGCUGGGGAAUGAGUGUCUGCCGCUGGUGGCACUGGUGGGGAAGGAAGGGGGGCAUGUGGGGGGCGAGAUCAGCAGCGAGCUGCUUCAAGAGACUCUCAAUAAGAUCGCCCUGCUCCAGCUCUCCCAAGGCGGAUCUGCCGGUUCUGUUGCUUCUCGCUCUGAAGGACUUGUCUUGACUGGAUGGGUGGCCUUUGCCGCGGUGACUGCGCUAACAGCCCUGCUUCUGGGUAUUGCCUAUGCAGUCUACCGCAAGUACUUCGAUCCCACGCGCAACUAUACGGUUAUGGUAAAAGCUGGGGACGUUUGA